AUGACUACGCCUUUGGAUUCGCCAGAAUCGCUACCGGUGGUGAAGAAGCGCACGUACGGUCGUACCGCAGUUGAACGCGAUCACCAGCAGGAGAACAGCUUGCUGUUUGCAGAUCUCGACCCUUCGCCCGACACCGCGAAUACUUAUCCCCGGCACACUGGCGACGACACGGUUGGCUGGCGACAACGAGUAGCGGAGCUCGAUGCCGCGUCGAAUGAGGAAACCACCGAAGAGAGUCUGGCGGACGCUCUGCGCCAGCUUCGCAAAAUCGGUCCACACCCUCAAUCGCCCUCUGAAACCUCUAACUUGACCUCGCUGUCUACUACGGCGCCCACCUCUACUCCCGCCACAGGGCAUGAACGAACUAAAUUAACACUCGAGGAAUCGCUCAAUGUGAACCAAGAUCCGGGUGGCAGGGGUACGGUUGGUAGAUUGCUAGGACCCCGAGGCUCGUGUCUGUCUGAGAAUGAACCUGCCGCUCAGCAUACAACUCUCCACCUGUUUGAUGAGGACGACACAUUAGGAAUGGCAACGCAGAAAGGAGGACCGAAGGCUUUGUCUAAAGCCGAUAGGCAUCAAAUGCACAAGGACAUUGCCCAGGCUGAGCGCGCAUGGUUGAAGAAUGCCAGCGUAGCCAUCGAACCGUCAUCUUCUCCGGGGCGCGGUCCGGAAUCGGACGAUAUUCAGCAAUUCACUCCAAGCUCGGCGGCAAAGCACGACGGUCAACAAGCUUCCUGCGGUCCAAUCAUCCCUGCGUCAUCCUCUCCAUCCAAGAGCUCCCCUACUUUGCAAUCGAAACGUGCGCCUGGAAAAUUUCCGAAGUUCGGAAUGCUCGACGAUGACCUUGAGGAGCUUACUCUCGACGGAGUGCUGGCCGCUACGUCUAAGAGGAAGAGUCUGAAUGCCAGAAAGAAGGCGGCACUGGAACAACAGAGGGAGUCAUCCCGGCAAGCAAUCGCGGAAGAUGACCCACUGGACGUAGUCCUGUCAACUCCCGAACCCAAUGCUUCGGGGAAGGAGCGACAAGCGCCCAAUGCUCUGGCUAUCUUCAAUCGCACGAGUGCUGUAUCGGCACCCUCUAGAAGGCAACAGCAUUUCUCCAAGAUGUCCGGAAAGCACAAGCCCAAGAAAUCGCUCACUGAGACGCACGCGGAGUAUGCAGCGCAAGAGUUUGGUCACGCGAAUUUGAAACGUAGAAACGCCGGGUCACGACCCGCCGGACAGAAACAAGGACGUGAUGAGCCAGUGCAGCAGACUCAGGUAAACGACAAUCUACUCCGGCAUCAUCAGGAGCAGGCCAACAAGCUGUCCAAGGAAAAGGAGGCUAGAUACGGAGCUGCUAGACAACUUCCCCCGAAAGAGCCCUUAGCAGCUGUGCAUUUGCUUCCAGCGUUAGACAGCCAGCCGGCAGAUGGUAGUGACAGCGACGACGAUUAUGUCGAUCAGCAACAGUCGGUAGCGUCGUCCAGCGAACAUGAAGAUGACGGAGAUUCCGCCGAUCAACAUGGGGACACAACCAUUAUCGGCGAAACCAUUGAUGUCCUCAGUCCGCUCGUUGUUGAGGGGGAUCGCCACACCGAGGAUGACGAAGGGGACGACGAGCUGGCCACUCUUAGGCUGAGGAAAUCGAGGACGCGCGCUCCCCGUCGUGUCGCGUUCGAAUCGGAAGAUGAGGAGGAUGGUGUCGACCAUGCCCAGACCCAGAAGCCCGUUGGUGAUAAGCCACCGAGCACCAAGGAGCCCUCGGGCUCCCUUGAUCUCGCCGGCUUCGGGUCAGUCGAUGGAGGGUUUUCCCAACUUUUUGGAGAAACUCAGCCACCGCAAUCACGCUUUCAGGUAAGUGCGGUUUCGCCUGAGGCGCUAACGUCAAAGAGUGAUGACGCUUUCGCUGGCCUACGACACCAGGAGGCUGGUCUACUUCCUGCAGAAGCUCUCCUGCCUAGUGUCAGCAUAUCGGAGAGCCAAGCAUUGCGAGAUAAGGCGCUGAUAGCUGGGGAGACUGAGGCAGGUGCAGAGGCAGGAAAAGAGCCAGAUGAAGGGCAGCGCUAUCUCAAUUCUCAGGGUUCGCCCAGCAUGGAAGACGCCGCUCCAAGGUCGUCAGUCAGUAUAGAAAACGCUCCGCAUGAACCGGCCAGCGUACUCCCCUCAUCCACGGUGCUGAACUCGAGUUCUCACUUCGAGACCAGCCCGACACAAGCAAACUUCGCUCGUUUGAGGCGCCGCGGGUUGGCCAGUGCAGAGUCACCAGGCGAUGCUGGUAAUCUGUCAAUGGUGAAAGCUAAAGAAGUCAAUGCUUUUGAUGUGCUGGACGCGGGAGCUCUUGCAGAGUCGAGGAAGGGGAGGGUUAACUUCGUGGAUGAGCAAGCUGAGGAGAGCGAUGAAGACAAUGGGUGGUUCUUUCCCCAGAAAGAUGAAGGGGACGACGAAGAAGAUUCCGGCGACGAGGGCUACAUCAAGGAGCUGGUCGAUGAUGCUGCUCUGACGGCGGAGGAGAAAAGCAGACUGGCCAUGCAAGCAGCGGAAAAGCAUCGUGAGAUCACACGUGAAGACGAUGCUCGAAUCGAAGCCGAGGCCAAGAAGAUGACUGAGGGUUACUAUCGACGCAAGCGCCACGGUAACGAGUUCAUGUCGGACGAGGAUGAUGAGGGAGGAAAGACGCGGAAGUUCAAUAAGAAGCAGCGCCGCCAGCGCAGACUUGACCGAGAAGACGGUCUCUAUAAGAUUGGAGGCGAAGAGAACAAGUUUUUGGAAGCCUACGAGGCUGGACUCGAGUCAGAUGUUGAUUUCGAGGAAACGCCCGCCUCGCCUACCGGUCCUACGUCCCCCACAAAUCAACGCCUCACCGCUCAUGAAAGAAUUGAGAUGCUGAGGGAUAGAGGUCGUGCGAACAGAACAGAAGAGGAAGAUGAGGCUACAUCCAGAGCGUUUGCAAUCAGCAGGCGCAGACGUGGCCAUACAUCUAUGGGAGGUUCGGAGAGCCGAGAGGACCUUCGCAAAUUCCUUGCCGACGAAGCUUCGAAUCCUAAGCGUUCAGGAGGGGGUGUAUCGGUCGUCCAGCGAAGCAACGUGGCCACGGCCACGAAUCCUGCUAGCACAUCUCACCCAGGGUCAACAGUCAACAAACCUCGUGGUUCGAGUCGCGAGGCUCGACGUCUUGGUUCGUCGAACAGUGUGCUGAUGGAUAGAGCCGAACGCUUUGCUUGA